CAAUUCCAAUUGCGCGCGUUUUUAAUCAAAUCCCACCCUCAACUCCUUUCCCUUCUGGCCCUCUCUAUUUCUUCUCUGAACACAAACCUCUAACCCUAAUUUGACACCUGAAAGAGAACAAGAAGAUGUUGGAGCUUAGACUUGUCCAAGGAUCCCUUUUGAAGAAAGUGCUUGAGGCCAUCAAGGACUUGGUCAAUGAUGCCAAUUUCGAUUGCUCGUCGACGGGCUUCUCUCUCCAGGCCAUGGAUUCAAGCCACGUUGCUCUGGUGGCUCUCCUCCUCAGAUCCGAGGGUUUUGAGCACUAUCGAUGUGACCGUAACAUUUCCAUGGGCAUGAAUCUCAAUAACAUGUCCAAGAUGUUGAAAUGCUCUGGAAAUGAUGAUAUCAUCACCAUCAAGGCUGACGAUGGCAGUGAUACUGUCACUUUCAUGUUUGAAAGUCCUACACAAGACAAAAUUUCAGAUUUUGAGAUGAAACUAAUGGACAUUGAUAGUGAGCACCUAGGCAUUCCUGAGGCAGAAUAUCAUGCUAUUGUCAGGAUGCCAUCAGCUGAGUUUGCAAAAAUUUGUAAAGAUCUUUCAAGCAUUGGUGACACUGUUGUGAUCUCUGUGACAAAGGAAGGUGUAAAGUUCUCCACGAGAGGCGAUAUUGGCACUGCAAAUAUUGUUGUCAGGCAGAAUACUACAGUAGAUAAGCCAGAAGAAGCGACAGUCAUAGAAAUGAAUGAACCUGUGUCAUUGACAUUUGCAUUGAGGUACAUGAACUCCUUCACUAAGGCGACCCCUUUGUCAAACACUGUUACAAUCAGCUUGUCUUCAGAGCUGCCUGUUGUGGUCGAAUACAAGAUUGCUGAGAUGGGUUAUAUCAGGUUCUACUUGGCUCCAAAGAUAGAAGAAGAUGAGGAUGAGACUAAGCCCCACGUUUAAAUGGAUGGAAGAAGGUGAUGAUGAGACUCAGCCCCAACUUUAAAAGUUUCAACUGCUAAAAAGUUUUGAAUUUGUGCUUAGCGUGUUUGUUACUUUAAUACUUUUGUCAUUGGUUAAAUAGACACCCAUGAUAUGUAGUUUGUAGAAUUAUUGAAGUUUUUAGCGUUAGAGGUUUUUAAAUGUUCUGCGAGAAACUUUCCCUAUUUCUAUAUAUGUUCAUAUGUCCAUUCCUAGUUGUGGCUUAGUUCUGCUUUAA